UAGAAUCGGCACAUUUGAAUUCAGGUUCAAAGCUAUUUGUUAUUCAUUAACAAAUCAGAAUCGAAAACCCUAUCGCCAGGGAGUUAGUGCUCAUUUCAUAGUAAUCUCGAUAUAUUCAGAUAUAUUCCAAAGUUCCAAAGAUAAACCAAAACCGAAGAAAAAAAUGGACGUGAAGAAAACGUUAGCCUGGUUUUUUGGCCUGCCAUCUGUGCGUUAUGCGCAGAUCGUAAUCGUUGUGGUGGGCGAUCUUUUGGCCCUAUCAAAUCUAUAUCCCAAACAUUCGAUGUACAUAUCGCAUCCUUUUUUAGUCUGGCAGGAUCGUCAAGAGCAUAAGAAAAAUCACUUGGACUAAGGCCAACUCGACAGUUCUAAUUUAUAUAUAUUUAUAUAUAAGUUUUUGUAUAUUGGCGUGGGAGACGGUUUAUUGCCCCAAAGAUUUUACCAAGCCAACCUUGAGUUUCAAUGCCAAUGCCAGGCCCAUGACGUCACUUGUAUCUCUGGACGCCUAAAGCUGGUGCCUUGGUAAACACCUCAUUCUCGUUUUGUUAGCUGCAGCUCAGGACCCCAAAAGCCUUGUGAGCCUCUUCAAAUGCCCGGCCAAAUUAACUCGACUCCUCAUUAAAGCCCAAAAAUUCGAAAGUUUCGACCGCCAUCGUCUGGAAAUAAACGUCAAUUUAAACGAAGCCUCCGAUCAGGAGGGACGCCUUAUACAGGGUUUUUGGGCGGGGGUUCAGGGGGUUUCGCUUUGGUUUGGAGGUUUUAAAAUAAAAUACAACAAAAACAGAAACAGAAAAAAAAUUGAAAAUUCUGAAAAAGCCGCUUUUGUUGAUGUGGCCAAAAAAGGUCUACAGCCUUGCCUUGUAUGCAGUCCUACGGCCUGUUUCAUUUUCGUUUUUGGGAGUUGCGUUGCCUCCGUAUUAUCUUGUUUUUCAGUUUCAAGCUUUUUCGAUAUUUUUGUUAACUUUUAUUU